AUUGUUAGCCGGAGCCGGGGCGGUUCUGGGCAUCUGCUGCUGGGGGCGCCCGAGUUGCCGGAGCUACCCGGCCCUCUCUGCCUGCCGGCCGGGCUGCCCACCGCCCUCCCUCCCCGCCCUGCCGCCCUGGGAGCUCCCUGGCCGUCGCCGCGGGGCCCGGGACUCGCUAGCUCCUCCCUUCUUCCCACCCGGGCUAGGGCGGCGGCGGCGGCAGCGGGGGCGGCAGAGACCAUCACGGGAGGAGGCAGCUGCGGCGGGGCCGGUAAUGGGCCUAGGGGUGCGGGGCGGAGGGUGCCGCCUCGUCCUUUCUCGGGAUCGGCCCUCGGGCGGCUGUGGAGGAGUGGUCAAGCCCAGAGCCGUGCGGAUGGAGGGAAUCCUAAUGUACCUGGCUAGCUGGUGGUGAACAGGGGCUUUGGGGCCAACUCGGUGGGCUCCCCAAGGAAACCCCUUUGAAACCAAUGGAUGCAUUCACGGGCUCGGGUCUCAAGAGGAAGUUUGAUGAUGUGGAUGUGGGCUCAUCAGUUUCCAACUCAGAUGAUGAGAUCUCUAGCAGUGACAGUGCUGACAGCUGCGACAGCCUCAAUCCUCCUACCACUGCCAGCUUCACACCCACAUCCAUCUUGAAGCGGCAGAAGCAGCUGCGGAGGAAGAAUGUACGCUUUGACCAGGUGACUGUUUACUACUUUGCCCGGCGCCAGGGUUUCACCAGCGUGCCCAGCCAGGGUGGUAGCUCUUUGGGCAUGGCUCAGCGCCAUAACUCUGUACGGAGCUACACACUCUGUGAGUUUGCCCAAGAACAGGAGGUAAACCAUCGAGAGAUUCUGCGUGAGCACCUGAAGGAAGAGAAACUCCACGCCAAGAAAAUGAAGCUGACCAAGAAUGGGACAGUGGAGUCAGUGGAGGCCGAUGGUCUGACACUGGAUGAUGUAUCAGAUGAAGAUAUUGAUGUGGAAAAUGUGGAGGUGGAUGAUUACUUCUUCCUGCAGCCUUUGCCCACCAAACGGCGACGGGCCCUGCUGAGGGCUUCUGGGGUCCACCGCAUUGAUGCUGAAGAGAAGCAAGAACUUCGAGCCAUCCGCCUGUCUCGGGAAGAAUGUGGUUGUGACUGCCGACUGUAUUGUGACCCAGAAGCGUGUGCCUGCAGCCAGGCUGGGAUUAAAUGCCAGGUGGAUCGCAUGUCUUUUCCAUGUGGCUGCUCCCGGGAUGGCUGUGGGAACAUGGCUGGGCGCAUUGAAUUUAAUCCAAUCCGGGUCCGGACUCAUUACCUCCACACCAUUAUGAAGCUGGAGCUGGAGAGCAAGCGACAGGUGAGCCGCCCAGUAGCUCCAGAUGAGGAGCCCUCCCCCACUGCCAGUUGCAGCCUGACUGGAGCACAGGGUUCUGAGACCCAGGACUUCCAGGAGUUCAUUGCUGAGAAUGAGACAGCAGUGAUGCACCUGCAGAGUGCAGAGGAACUGGAGCGGCUCAAGGCAGAAGAAGAUUCCAGCGGCUCUAGUGCCAGCCUGGACUCGAGCAUCGAGAGCCUGGGUGUGUGCAUCUUGGAGGAGCCCCUGGCUGUCCCCGAAGAGCUGUGCCCAGGCCUUACAGCCCCCAUUCUCAUCCAGGCUCAGCUGCCCCCAGGCUCCUCUGUCCUAUGCUUUACCGAGAACUCCGACCAUCCAACUGCCUCAACGGUAAAUAGCCCAUCCUACUUGAACAGUGGGCCCCUGGUCUAUUAUCAAGUGGAGCAGAGGCCAGUCUUGGGAGUGAAAGGAGAGCCUGGUACAGAAGAAGGCUCAGGCUCCUUCCCAAAGGAGAAGGAUCUGAAUGUCUUCUCUCUCCCUGUUACCUCACUGGUGGCUUGUAGCUCCACAGACCCAGCUGCCCUCUGUAAAUCAGAGGUGGGGAAAACACCCACCCUAGAAGCGCUAUUGCCUGAAGAUUGUAACCCUGAGGAGCCUGAAAAUGAAGACUUCCGCCCUUCCUGGUCGCCCUCAAACCUCCCCUUCCGCACAGACAAUGAAGAGGGCUGUGGGGUGGUGAAGACCUCUCAGCAGAAUGAGGAUCGGCCCCCUGAAGAGUCUUCCUUAGAACUCCCUCUGGCAGUGUGACAGGUCCUGGAGGUCCUGCCUCUUACCCGUUCUCUAUUUAUUCCCUUAUUUUAUCUAACGCCAUUUCAAAACAAAACUGUAGAAGCAGCUGCUGCUCCCAUGUUAUUAUUGGGGUCUUUGGGGAAUGGGUGGGAAAGGAUUGUUUGAGUAUUUUUUAAAAGGGAAACAGUACCAAGGAGACCAGCCCCAGCUUGACAUGGGGAUAGUCUUGGGCAGAGAAGGCUGCAUAGUGCUGAACACUGAGCUUUCUGGGCCACUGGAACAAAGAACUAGGAUCUCACAGGAGAAGCUGGGCAACUCAAGCAGCUCUUCUUUCUGUAGGGACCAGAACACGAGAUUUGAAGAGCAUGGCAAAGCCCCUUCUCUCCCAAGCCCCAGCAGAGUACAAGCUCGUUUUUCUCAGUGGUUAUUCUGAUAUCCCAUUUUGGUAUGUCAUAAUACUUCAACUGGAAAGUCACCUGGUCAAGUCUGGGGAGGAGGGAGUGGAAGGGUCUCUGCUUCUGUACAAAAUCUCCAGGAUUUACAAAAAUUUAACCUGGUGUCCUUCAAUCCCCUAUUUGGUGAAUAAGUUAAUAUUUGACAUGUUUGGUGUUCUCUGACCUGUUCCCCACACUGGGGAUUCCAGGUCUGUAACUUGAAUUGCUUCUUCCACAUGUUCGUUAGUACUAGA